AUGAACAACUUCACUUUCUUCACUGAGUUCAUCCUCCUUGGGCUGUCUGCUGACUGCCACAUCCAGACUCUGCUCUUUGUGCUGUUCCUGGGAAUUUACCUCCUGACCCUGAUGGGGAAUCUGGUAAUGAUCCUGGUGAUCAUAGGGGAUUCUCACCUUCACAUCCCCAUGUAUUUUUUCCUUGGACAUCUGUCCUUCCUAGAUAUCUGCUUCUCUUCAGUUACUAUGCCCCAAAUGCUACAGAACUUCUUAUCUCAGAAGAAAAGCAUCUCAGUGUGGGGCUGCAUCACCCAGAGUUUCUUUUUUCUUCUCUCUGGGUGUGCUGAAGCCAGUCUUCUCUCUGCCAUGGCCUAUGACCGCUAUGCUGCUGUCUGCCACCCCUUGCUCUACACCAUGGUCAUGAACAGGCCUCUCUGCAUGGUAAUGGUUAGUGCAGCAUGGGUGAUGGGGUUUCUCUACUCACUAGUAAAUAAUCUUUUCAUCCACAAGUUACAUUUCUGUGGGUCCAACAUUAUCUCCCACUUCUGCUGUGAGCUUCCCUCACUCUUCCCUCUGUCAUGUACUGAUCCCACUGCCAACAAAUUCCUUCUGUCAGGGUCCAGUGGAUUUCUGGGACUGCUGACACUUCCCCUGAUCCUCUUCUCUUACUCCAGAAUCAUUUCUGCCAUUCUGAACAUCCGCUCCUCUGAGGGCCAAGCCAAAGCCUUCUCUACCUGCUCCUCCCACCUCACCGUGGUGCUCUUGUUCUAUGGGACAGCUCUAUUCAGGUACAUCAGCCCUGCCUCAGGCUCAGUGUUGGAGCGAGUGAUCUCCAUUCAGUACAGUGUGAUUACAUCCUUGCUGAACCCCCUCAUCUACAGCCUCAAGAACCAGGAGGUGAAGGCAGCUCUGCAAAGGAUGCUGAGGCAGUAA